AUGCUUCGUCGUCAACUGUUUUUUUAUUUCGUAAUAUUUUGUAUAUUAUUUUCGUUAAUCAAUUGCAAAAGUCAAUGUUCAUGUUCAUGUUGUAAGGGUAAUGGAUGUGUAAAGCGACAUCAAGGCUUUAUCAAUAUGCCAACAUGUUCAGCAACAAGUUGUAAGAAUGCUUGUAAACUUCGUCAUCAUGCUCAAUGUGCUGGAACACCUGGUUCAAUAUUAGCAACAUGCACAAAAACAAAAACAUCUCAUCGAUUAUCACCAACAAAAAAGAUUAAACACAAAACAAAAAUAUCAUCAUCUAACAAACAUACUAAUCGUCGUACUUAA